CGCCCCCCCUCGCCCCGUGCCGGCCCGGCCUGCCGCGUCCCCAACGUCUGCUGGGGGGCCCUUACCUCUUCUGCAUCCCCCCCUUGCCGCCCGUCCGCCUGGAAGCCCGCUUUGGGGGAGACUGGGGUGAGGGGGGUUCCGUGGAAUGAAGCCUGGCCUGCAGGUGAUAGCACAGACCACUGACGGCUGCCCCGCUGGUGGCCGGUCCCUCCUCUCACACCUGGAGAAUGGGAGCCGGUGUCCCGGAGAAGGGUGAUGAGAGGGUCUGAUCCUUAGUAGGAAAUCGUGGGCUCGUCCUUUGCCAUUGCCCCACUUGAGUUUCUCCAUCUGUGAUUUGGGCUGAUGACUUCUAAUUCAUGACCUAGACCAAGAAGGGCUUAACACGUCAGUGCAGGGUGCAGCCUGUUGGUCGUCCUGUUGGACAGAGCCAGCGACGGAGCCAGCCUCCCCACCCUCACCGCUUGGGACCUGGGCCUCACAGCCCUCCACCCAGAUCCCAGGUGCACCCUCUUGGCACCUUUGCAUGCUCAUGCCCACACACAUUCUCCCAGGUCUCAGGCACCUGCCAGAUAGCAACACCAUGAGCUUCGUGGCGUAUGAGGAGCUGAUCAAAGAGGGUGACACGGCCAUCCUGUCACUGGGCCAUGGUGCGAUGGUGGCAGUGCGUGUGCAGCGGGGGGCACAGACCCAGACCCGGCAUGGCGUCCUGCGGCACUCAGUAGACCUCAUCGGCCGCCCCUUCGGCUCCAAGGUGACCUGUGGUCGAGGUGGCUGGGUGUAUGUGCUCCACCCCACGCCUGAGCUCUGGACACUGAACCUGCCACACCGCACCCAGAUCCUCUACUCCACUGACAUUGCUCUGCUCACUAUGAUGCUGGAGCUUCGGCCUGGCUCUGUGGUCUGUGAAUCCGGCACUGGCAGCGGCUCCGUGUCCCACGCGCUCAUCCGCACCAUCGCGCCCACGGGCCACCUGCACUCGGUGGAGUUUCACCAGCAGCGGGCAGAGAAGGCCCGGGAGGAGUUCCAGGAGCACCGAGUGGGCCGCUGGGUGACGGUGCGCAACCAGGACGUAUGCCGCAGCGGCUUUGGUGUGAGCCACGUGGCUGAUGCUGUUUUCCUGGACAUCCCGUCUCCUUGGGAGGCUGUGGGCCACGCCUGGGACGCCCUCAAGGUUGAAGGUGGGCGCUUCUGCUCCUUCUCGCCGUGCAUCGAGCAGGUGCAGCGCACGUGCCAGGCGCUGGCGGCCCGCGGCUUCUCAGAGCUGAGCACCUUGGAGGUGCUGCCCCGGGUGUACAGCGUGCGCACCGUCAGCCUGCCCGCGCCCGACCUGGGGGCCGGUCCGGGCCCCGACGCCGGCCCCGACGCCAGCCCCUUCCGCAGUGGCACACCCAUGAAGGAGGCCGUGGGCCACACCGGCUACCUGACCUUUGCCACCAAGACCCCCGGCUAGCUAGCGGGCCUCCCCGGAGCCCAGGCAGGGAGGUGUGGCUCAGCCAGAGGCCGCCUUAUACGGGCAGCGGGCUACCGCCGCCGGGCCGGGCAUGUUUAGAGGGCCGGGGGGGGGGGCGGGCGCCCGAGGGGGGGGCGGGCAGGGCGGGGGGGGCCCCAGGGGGCGGCUCCAGGAAGGCCUCCUGCCCCAGUCACUGCUGGGCUCUGCUUCCCCGAGCUGCUGCUGUUCUUUUUGCCACAGAAAAUCUCCACCGUCGCAAGCUCUUCUGGGUGUUGAGGCCAAGGGGUGCCCCUUCCCAGGUGGCCCCAAGCUGGCAGGGAAGGGGGAGCAAGGACUCCGAGGAGAGGACCAGGGGCUUGCUGCCCCACUCGGUGUGCGGCCUGGCUCGUCCUCUCCCCGGGGGAAGGCCUGGCGCUGCCCUGGGCACACCCCCCCCCCCACCAGAGCUGCCCGUGCCAGGCCGGCCCGGAGGCCAGGGAGAGGUGGUCUUGCCGUGUGGCCUCGAGCCUGGCCCAGCCUGCCUGGCUCUAUACAGGCCGAGCGGCAGUGUCCUGCGGCCCCUCCUGUUGGAGAGACGGGGGAGGGGAGCCCUGCCCCCCUGCCGAAGUGCCUCCUGUGGCCGCGGUCCCGCCAGAGCCCCUGGCGUGUCAAGAAGCGAGACCGCGGCAUCACUUAGCUGGGAGCCUGAGGAGGGCGGAGAAGUGCUUCAAGCGAUCUGGCUGGCGGUCCUUCUCAGCUGUUUGAACCCCAGCUGUCCAACCCCGGAGCUACUUGGGUGCCCCACCCUCACGGGAGCCCUGGGGACACGGGGGCGCAUCCAGGGGGGAGGGCACCCCUCCAGGGCAGGCCUGCCCCGCUCUCUGGCAUCCGUGCCUGCCACUGCUGCGUGAAGGGCCCGAGUGUCUGCCCUCGGCCUCAGCUGUCAUCAGGAGCCUCAGUUUUCCCUUGUUGGGCGAGAGCCCCAGGGUGCUGUGCUGGCAGGGGCAGGGGGCCGGCCCCUGACCAUGCCUGGCGGAGAAAUAAACACCGUUGCCCCUGCCGUG